AUGGCUUCUCCGAACCUUCUCAAUAUCUCCAACUCUCCCCAGAAAGUCCAGCUGGUGCGGAUCGCCCAUAUUUACCAGAAACACCCGGAUCUCCAAAAAUGGGAAGUAUUUGCAAAAGAUUUUGGAUUCGUGGAAGCUGCUCGACAGGGAGGCAAGAUUUACUUUCGCGGCUAUGGAAAGGACCCAUACUGUGCGGUUGCUUCUGCCAGUGAGAAUGGGAAGAAAGAAUUUGGCGGCGCCGCCUUCAUUGCAAGGACCGAAGAAGAUUUCGAAAAGGCAAAGAAGAUCCCAGGGGCAAAGUUGGUAGAUAUCAGCAGCGCUCCUGGCGGGGGUAAGAUGGUAUCGAUUCCUACGCCGACCAAUAAUUUCAUCCAUGUCAUUUGGGGGCAAGUCGAACGCGACGAGCCGCGAUCUCCUCCAAGUACCAUCAAAGUCGCAUACAGAGAAUUGAAUACAAGCCUAGAAAAGAUCCGCCAAGGGGAAUUCCAGAGAUUGAAGCAUGGCCCGGCACUCAUACAUAAGUUGGGCCACUUUGGUUAUGUCACCAAGAAGUUCGAUGAAGACGUUCAGUUCUACACAUCGAACUUCAACUUUGUGAUUUCUGACCUUCUUUCUAACCCUAAGAACCAGAACGAGGAUGUCACCUGCUUCCUUCACCUCGACCACGGAGAAGAAUAUGUUGAUCACCACUGCCUCUUCUUUGCCCGAGCUCCUGGAUUGUUCCCGGAAACCAGAUUGCACCACACCAGUUAUGAAGUGGACGACUUCGACACCCAACUAAUGGGCCACGAGUGGUUGCUAAAGAAGAGCUACAAACUGGUUUGGGGUGUUGGAAGACACAUACUCGGAAGUCAGAUCUUUGACUACUGGAAAGAUCCCAGUGGUUUCACUAUUGAACAUUAUGCCGACGGCGAUCUCGUCAAUCAACACCAUAAAAUCACUCGGGAGCCAGAUGGUGGUGGCUUAUCAUUUACUUCAGAUCGCAAUCGCGACGUUUAA